GUACAGGAGGUCAAGAGAUAUUUUGUUGGAAGCUUUUUGCAAAAACGAGGAAGAUGAAAAAGUUAAAAAACAUUUACUCGCGAAAGUACUUUCAAACUUGGUUAUAUCAUAUUCUAUGCUGAAGAAGCCAGAUCUAGUAUGCACGACAUGUCGGGAUGCGAUCAAUUCCAAUGAAGAAGAAGCAACGAAAAAUCCGAAACUGUAUUAUUUUUGGGGCUUAGCUUUGAUGGAAUUUGGUGAUUAUGAUUUGGCAAAAAAUAAACUCAAAAAAGCGUUGGGGCUCCAACCGAAUAGUAUGGAGAUCAAAGAAGCUCUCAAGAAGCUGGAUGAUAAGCAGAAACAGUACAAAGAUACAUCUCGAAUAAUUUCCCAAAAAGCUUUUGGAUUCAGCGGUGAAACAGAAAAGAAGGCAGUUGAUGAAGAGGAGCCAAAAACAGAUCAGGAGAUUUAUUCAAUCCUGCAGAGCGCUUUCCAGGAAGCAAAUUCAAAUGGAAUUGCUCAAAUAACCCUUCCAUCUAGUUUGCAAGACAGCAUUCUGGAUAUGUGUUCGGAACUUGUCACUAAAGACCUUCAGUUUUUCGUAAGAGGAAAUAAACUGGUCAUUUCUAAGAAAGCUUGAUAGAAGCUUUCUGCAUAUGAAUUCAUUUUUAUAUACAGAGUGUACCCCGAAAGCUGUAACAGCCAAAGACCAUAGAUUCAACAAAAAUUUGCAACUAUGUCCUGUAAAAUGUUCUUAUAUCGACCUUAGUUUUCGUGAUCUAUCAAUUUUUCUAUAUUUUUGAAAAACGUCAAUAACAAAAAAAAUCGCUCAGACAAAAUCUAAUUUUAAAGAUAUGGUUGGAAAGAGGAAGACAUUUUUAAUAAGAUUCAUAUAAUUUGUUCCUUUAUUUUACGUUUUUGAACUUUCUAUGAGCGCUCAAACUUGAAAAAGUGCAUUCGUCGAGUUCAAAGUCAAAUUUCAAACAUUUUUUUUUCGUUUUUUUUCAUGUUGUCAAUAUAUUUUUAAUAAUUGAAAAACUUUGCCAUUUUGUAAGCUUUCGAAUGAGUAUAAACGUGUUAGGAAAAUGUCAAUACCAAAGUAAUGAAAACUGCAAAUAACGUGGUCUUCGGCUGUUACAUCUUUCAUGGGACAUUCUGUAUUAGUGUACUACAUUAAUCUAUAUAUAUAAAAGCGAAAUGGCACUCACUCACUCACUCACUCACUCACUCGCAUAACUAAAAAUCUACCGGACCAAAAACGUUCAAAUUUGGUAGGUAUGUUCAGUUGGCCCUUUAGAGGCGCACUAAGAAAUCUUUUGGCAAUAUUUUAACUCUAAGGGUUGUUUUUAAGGGUUUAAAGUUCGUCUUUUAGCAUGUAUAUUCUUCUUCUCCCAAUCUCUUAAUUAUAAUUGAAAUUUCCAUAUCAUAUGUUACUAUAGAACUAUAAUCUAGAUAGAGUACCUCUUCGAAACAGUUGUUAACUGGCAACUAAAUUAAUAAUUUUGUCAGGUUGGCAUUAAGUUGAGUUGACUUUGUUUGUUAGGUUGGCACCAAGUUGAAGAUUUAAAUGCAUUUAUCGCGGAAAGAUUGAUUGGGCACUGCUACUUCAAUCCUGGGAAUAUUAUAUUACUAGCCGUCAGGCUCGCUUCGCUCGCCAUAUCCGUUUAGUCAGACGUUUAGUCUGGACCCCCGACUGGAUUGUUCUAACAUAUGAUAAAAAUGCUCAAAUAAAAAAUGCAGGCGAGCGAAGCGAGCCUGCUGAUCUCAUUCUUGGACGAUCCAGUCGAGGGGUCCAGGGGGCGGAGCCCCCUGGCUAGACGGAUAUGGCGAGCGAAGCGAGCCUGACGGCUAGUCAAAUAUAUAAUUAUUUGAAUAUUUUCAUACUUUUAUACUGUAGUUUUUGUUUUCCAUAAUUUUUCUCUGAUUAUCAUCGUAAGAAGGACGUCACUAUGACAUUUCAGCCCAGAUUCAUAUUAUUAAUGUGCGGUGUCAUUAAUCUCCAAUCUGCCUGUACCAACGGUUCGUGUUUCAUUGAAUGCUCUUAUUUGGAAAAUCACAGUCUGUUUACUGUCUGAUUCAAUUUAAAAGUUCAUUUGUUGUUCCUUCUGUUAUUAAGUUUGAAUUUUUGGUUAAAAUCAGACGCUUGUUGUAGUUCAAUCAAAACUUUAUAGAAGUUAGGUAACAGAGAUUUGUUCAAUUCAUGCCAAAUAUGCGUGUUAAUAGUGCAUUUUUGGAAUAUUAUGUUCUACUUUUAAAAUUAUUUAAUUUAUCGAUUUUUUCAAAAGAAAUUACAUUGUUUCCUUGCUUGUGUCGUUCAAAUCAAUUAUCUUCUUAUAUUAUUGCAACGUAAUCUUGAUUAUUCCAAUCAAUAAUUAAAGGGGCUGAUUAUUCGAUUUAUGUAUUUUUGUUAGCAUCUUAAUCUUUGAUUUAUGAGUUCUAGUUAUUCUUUGUUUUUUUAAAGAUUUUAUAGUACAUGAUAAUAAUUGUUUUUCGUAGGAGCUCCUACCCUCUCAAAUGUAUGUCGUUUUUAAGUUCUUGUUUUGAUAAUAUGUUUGAAAAAAUUUCAUCUUUGUGCAUUGACAUUUUUAUCCAAUUGUGUUUUUUCAAGUUUAAUUAAAAUGGUGGAAUAAAGUUUGUGUAUAUUCUUAA